AUGAUGGCGGGUCACAGAGCAGGAAAAAGAGCAACUUUUCAGCAGCAGCGACGUUGAGGGGGCUGGGGUGCACGGCGGGGGCGCCGCAGGAGGUAUCGGUGCCGGCGGUGAUCCGAAGCGCGGCGGAAUGGGAAGGAAAGAAGGUGAGAAAGAAGAAGCACAAGAGAAGCAGCAAGGGAAGUUGCAGCAAUAAUGGCGUCGAUGUGGAUUUUCAAGAUGUGUGGUGUGGCACCGCACACGGAAUAGGGUUCUCUGCCGAUUGUGUUGUUGGCACUUCCAGGAAGAAUGCCUCUUCCUCUUCAAGACCCAAAAUUGAUGUUCACAAGAUCAAUCACAGACAGCGUUCAUCUUCUUGUUUGGGAAGGCGCAGUUUGAACCCAGAAACCAUCUCGCUUCUCGACACUGAUCCUAGCGACGUUUUCACACCGCGCUCUGCCUCCGAGUUCUUUGGACCCGCCGCAUACUAUCGCCACCUUCCAGAUCCUUCCACCGAUGCUUUUCCUGAGAUUAUGAUGCUUCAAGGAGGUAUAAUCAUGGGGAGUAGAUACUCACACGAUCAAUUCAGAGAUUUGAGACUUGAUGUUGAUAACAUGUCCUAUGAACAAUUGCUUGAGCUCGGUGAGAGAAUUGGUUAUGUCAACACUGGACUUAAAGAAAAUGAGAUGGGUGCCAACAUAAGGAAAACUAAGCUUCAAAUUUUAGAUGAUGCAUCGAACCAUCAAGUAGAUAAAACGUGUACCAUUUGCCAGGAGGAGUAUGAAGCUGCUGAUGAAUUGGGGAGGUUACAUUGUGAGCACAGCUAUCACUUCCACUGUAUAAAACAAUGGGUUGCUCACAAGAAUUUCUGUCCAGUGUGUAAGCAACAAGUUGUGGCUCGCAACAAUUGAAGGACAGAUACACCCUCAUGGUUAUUUUUUUGAAAGUUGCAUCUUUUCAUCAUUAAAUUGGUGUAUAGUCUUCAUAUCCAAUCCAAUCCAAUAUAAACAACGAUUUUCAUUUGUUUCUGUCAAUCUUUUUUGAACAUUAAUCUCCUUUGUGAAGAGUCGGCAAUAUAUGUGAUUGUGUGAAGGUUUCUAGAUUGGAUGAGAUCUUUGCAUAAUAUUAUACUCGAGUGGCCCUUGCUUGUGAGUAGAUUAUCUAUUUUUGAGUUUUUUCAAUUUUUUUUGGUCAAUGGAGUUUGUGUCUUUUCUGAUAAAGCUGGGUGCUUAACUGCUUAUACCUUA